AUGAGUCGCCAGUUGUCUUGUAGGUCUCGUGGAGGAGGAGGAAGAGGGGGAGGAGGAGAAGGAGGAGGAAGCUGGAGAGGGGGCCGAGGCUUCAGUUCAGGCUCUGCAGUGGUCAGUGGGAGCCGAAGAUCUGCCAGCAGUUCCUCCUGCUUAAUGCGCCAUGGUGGAGGUGGUGGAGGUGCCAGCAGCCAGAGUCUUAUUGGGCUCGGAGGGAGCAGGAGCAUCUCCAUAAGUGUGGCCGGAAGAGGCAGUGGUUUCUCCGGCAGAGGUGGCGGUCUUGGUGGAGGCAGUAGCUUUGGCGGAGGCGGCUUUGGCGGAGGCGGCUUUGGCAGUGGCGGUGGAUUUGGCGGAGGCGGCGGAUUUGGAGGAGGCCGCUUUGGGCCAGGUGGUGGUUUUGGUGGCCCUGGUGGCUUUGGUCCUGGAGGAUACCCUGGGGGUGGCAUCCAUGAAGUUACUGUCAACCAAAGCCUCCUGGAGCCUCUUAAUGUGAAAAUUGACCCAGAGUUCCAGAAUGUCAAGUCAGAGGAACGGGAACAGAUCAAGAAACUCAACAACAAAUUUGCCACUUUCAUUGACAAGGUACGUUUCCUGGAGCAGCAGAACCAGGUGUUGACAACCAAAUGGGAGAUGCUCCAACAAAUCGAUGUCAGUACCCGCUCACCUAACCUAGAGCCCUUAUUUGAGACGUUCAUCAGCAGCUUGAAGCAGAAGGUAGACACUCUCACAACAGAGAAAACAAAGCAAGAUUCAGAAUUGAACAACAUGCAGGAUCUUGUUGAGGAUUUUAGGAAGAAGUAUGAGGACGAGAUCAACAAACGCACUUCCAGUGAGAAUGACUUUGUGACAAUUAAGAAGGAUGUGGACAAUGCCUAUGUGAAAAAGGUGGACUUGGAGAGCCAGGUGAAUGUGUUAAGAGAAGAAGCUGACUUCCUGCGGGUCUUAUAUGAAACGGAGCUGUCCCAGAUGCAACAAUGCAUCACCGACACCAACGUGAUCCUGUCCAUGGACAACAAUCGUAGCUUGGACCUGGAAAGCAUCAUCAAUGACGUUCGAUCCCAGUACGAAGAUAUUGCACAGAGGAGCAAGACAGAGGCUGAGGCCCUAUAUCACAGCAAAUACGAAGAGCUCCAGAUCACUGCAGGGAAACAUGGAGAAAGCCUGAAGGAAAUCAAAAUGGAGAUCAGUGAGCUGAACCGCAUGAUCCAGAGGCUUCAGGGAGAAAUUGCCCAUGUGAAAAAGCAGUGCCGUGCCCUGCAAGACUCCAUCGCUGAUGCAGAACAACGGGGGGAGCAUGCUCUCAAAGAUGCCAAGCACAAGAUGGAAGAGCUGGAGGAAGCUCUCCAGCAGACCAAGGAGGAGCUGGUCCGCUUGCUGCGGGACUACCAGGAGCUGAUGAACGUUAAAAUCGCCCUGGAUUUGGAGAUUACCACCUAUAAGAAGCUGCUGGAGGGAGAGGAGGAUAGAAUCUCUGGAGAAGUUCCCAGUAACGUGUCCAUAUCUAUAAGUAGCAGCACUGUCUCAUCUAGUGUGGCAUCCAAGGCUGGCUUCAGAGGUUCCGGAGGAGGAGGAGGAGGAGGAGGAGGAGGACAUGGUUUUGGAGGCAGGGGGCCCAGUUCUGGAGGAAGGUACAGCUCUGGAGGCAGAGGGUCCAGUUCUGGAGGAGGAUACAGCUCUGGAGGCAGAGGGUCCAGUUCUGGAGGAGGAUACAGCUCUGGAAGCAGGGGAUCUGGAGGAGGAGGAGGAUAUGGCUCUGGAGGCAGGGGAUCUGGGUCUGGAGGAGGAGGAGGAUCUGGGUCUGGAGGAGGAGGAGGAUAUGGCUCUGGAGGCAGCAGUUCUGGAGGCAGGGGAUCUAGCUCAGGAUGUGGCAGUGGAGGAGGAGGGGCCAGCUUUGGCUCUGGAGGUCGAGGUUCCGGUUCUGGGGGUCGAGACUCAGGCUCAGGAGGUGGAGGCAGUGGCUCUACCAGAGGGCCUGGAGGAGGCUACACCUCCAGUCCAGGUGAAGGAGAAAAGAGCUGUGACUCUAGUGUGUCAUUCUCAUUCAGAUAAAGCUGAUGCCCCAAUGCCUCUCUACCCAGAAUGUAAAAACAAGCCUUUCUCUGAUCCACUUGUUGACAGCAUCCCAAACUGUACCCAUCCAACCUCAUUUCAGGGGGAAAGAGAUGCUCAAGCAUAUUUUUAGAAAGCUCUUGCCUCCGCAGCCCCUCCAAAAAAGGGCAGAGCUAUUUCUAGCUCUUCUCCUUUAGGGGGAAUUCUCUUAUGGCUUGGGGGGCUGCUUCCUUCAUGCUCCCACUUUUCUAGUGCCCCCUUCUGAUGGACACUAUAGAAUUCCUAUUUUCUUGCAUGCAGCAAAAAAGGAAAAAAAAGUCAUUCCUUGUGUACAUAAUUCCUCCUUCUGAAUCUGCUGUCUAAAAUGUUGCCCUGCCCCUACC